AUGGUACCUCCAUCCAACGCUGAGUCCAACGCUGAGUCCAACGCGUUGGACUCGGGUCGCUGGCCAAGCCGUGGAGAUAUAGGCCCAACACCCGAGCCAACACCUGAGCCAACACCUAGCCAACACCAGCCAACACCAGCCAACACCAAAUCGACCCUCUCCGAUUUAGCUUAA